CUUCCUCUUGAGCUCUGUGUACAUUUGCAUCGCACGUUCCUUGGCCCGGGUUGGCCAGGUUUCGCAUUGUGCAUUUUCUCUGCUGGAAUCCUGCCGCCAGCGCACAAGCACCUUGGUGCUUAGCAUAAGCGAUGAAAGAGCUGACAAAACGUGGGGGCUGUCUGUGCCGUCCUUAUUUCAAGAUUUUCUGCAUCCGUCAGCUGCCACCGUCACUGUGCUGAAACAGGUUCAAUAAGGAGGUGAUUGGGGAAAGAGUCAAGGCAAUCAAGGCAGGCUCUGCACCGCCAAGACCCCACUAUAGGGGAGGGAAGGCCAUCCGGUCUCCCUCUGUUGCCUCACUCUCUCUCACUCAUUUUUCGAAGCUGCAGCACCGAACAGGACCCUCCGGGGUUCACAAGCGAGGAAGGGACGCCAAGGAGUGAACGUUGUCAGAUCCGGGGCGACAGCCCUUACUUGAUGAGGCUCGAGAGCGGUCCGUUCUCGUAUUUCAUACGCGAUCUUUAAAAACCAUAUGAAAAUCCGUCCUCAAGAAGGCUUGCUCCUCUGUAAUGGAGAAAUACGAAAAAAUUGGAAAGAUUGGAGAAGGCUCCUAUGGGGUAGUGUUCAAGUGCAGAAACAGGGACACGGGUCAGAUCGUGGCCAUCAAGAGGUUUCUGGAAACCGAAGAUGACCCUGUCAUAAAGAAAAUCGCCCUUCGAGAAAUCCGCAUGCUCAAGCAACUCAAGCAUCCCAACCUCGUCAAUCUCCUGGAAGUCUUCCGGAGGAAGCGGAGGCUUCACCUGGUGUUCGAGUAUUGCGACCACACCGUGCUUCAUGAGCUGGACAGAUAUCAGAGGGGGGUACCAGAGCCUCUCGUGAAGAACAUAACUUGGCAGACACUACAGGCUGUAAAUUUCUGCCAUAAACACAACUGCAUACACAGAGACGUGAAGCCGGAAAACAUUCUCAUCACCAAACACUCAGUCAUUAAACUCUGUGACUUUGGGUUUGCACGGCUUCUCACUGGACCAGGUGACUACUACACAGACUACGUGGCCACCCGGUGGUACCGCUCACCCGAGCUGCUAGUGGGAGACACACAGUAUGGUCCCCCCGUAGAUGUCUGGGCAAUUGGCUGUGUGUUUGCCGAGUUGCUGUCCGGUGUGCCUCUAUGGCCAGGAAAAUCUGACGUGGAUCAGCUCUAUCUGAUAAGGAAAACCCUGGGGGAUCUCAUUCCCAGGCACCAACAAGUAUUUAGCAUGAAUCAAUACUUCAGUGGGGUGAAAAUCCCAGACCCUGAAGACAUGGAAACACUUGAGUUGAAGUUUCCAAACAUCUCCUACUCUGCACUGAGCUUCUUAAAGGGCUGCCUCCACAUGGACCCUGCUGAGAGGUUGACAUGCGAACAGCUGUUGCAGCAUCCGUAUUUUGACAGCAUUCGAGACGUCGGGGAGUUGACGAGACAACAAGACAAACCAUUGAGGAAGACCCUGAGGCAGAGUAGAAAGCACUUGACUGGGUUGCAGUACCUACCUCAGCUAACCAGCAGCCGCAUCCUUCCAGCUCUGGACAAUAAGAAGUACCACUGUAGUACCAAGAGGUUUAACUACCAUUUUCCAAAUAUCUAAGGAGCUAGCAGAGUAAUGAAGAAGUAAUCAGUAAUUUGGAGAAAAAAUGUACACACUUGAUUCCUGUCUUGAACACACAUCAGCAGAAAACACAAACAGGAAGCUGGAGGUCAUUUGCCAGGAUGCGGAGGGGAAAUUCCAGAUCCAGACUUCCAUGCUUGGUGGAGAUGACUAGAGAAGAAAGCGAAAACCUGGGGUUUCACUGAGUUUUUGUUUAUCUAAGCAGCAGAGCUUAUGAACAGAAUACAAACUGUAUCUCCUGCCCACAGCUGCAACAUUAGAUAAUGUCAAAAGACCCAUGCUUCAGUUUGCUCUCUGCCACAUGCAGAAAGUGGAUCAAGAAAUGUCCAUAUACAUUUCUUUAGAUGUGUUGUCUUGAGUCGUAUUUCUUAUGUUGUUUGCAAAUCAUAUUUAAGUAUGAUUUUAGUCCCUGAAAUCAAAAUGUUUGUGAUUCUAUUUCUUGUUUGCUCUUUUUUGAGUUUUAUGGUUUAAGAAUGUUUUAGAAUUAUCUAAGUUGAUCCAAAUAUCUAGAAUCUUACAGGUUAUCUUAAAACUUAGCAGUUUUUAAUCCUUUUGUAACCAAUGAGAAACUUAUACAUCUCACAUAUUUGUCUGUCUUUAAGAUCAGGAAAGGAGAGAACGAGACGCACAGGCCUCAGAGAAUGUGCUGAAUGGGCCGGUCAGCCUGACAGUAUCACGUUAGCCUUCAGCUCCCACUGAAGACUGCUUAAUCAAAAUUCAUGCCGGGCGGUGGUGGCGCACGUCUUUAAUCCCAGCACUUGGGAGGCAGAGGCAGGUGGAUUUCUGAGUUCGAGGCCAGCCUGGUCUACAAAGUGAGUUCCAGGACAGCCAGGGCUACUCAGAGAAACCCUGUCUCUAAAACAAACAAACAAACAAACAAACAAAAUUCACGCGAUGUGAUGAUCAGAGUGUAGACAUGGCUGCUUGUCCACAUUAACUUCAAUCAGGAAACAUAUAAGUUAAUUGAUAGUCUCUCCUUGAAGGACCUUAUUACAUAUGUCUUGUGUAUAUGUCUGUGAGUGUGUGUAUGCUAACAAAUACAGAACAACCAAUGAGAAUCAGAAAGUGGUUUAAAAAAUAUUGCCAAGCAUUCUUAGUUUUAAACAGUGAAAGGUAAAGUUAAAUUUACCUUUGAUUUGAUUUAUUACUCUAUCUAAUAGGAAAGUUUUUCUCCCCUGUCCCCAGACAUGGGCAAUGUUAGCCACAUGUCAGUUUCUCACUAACACUUCUGGUGGACGUGCUGCUGGCUCACAGGAGUUCAUGUAUUUCAAAGCUCUGUUUUACUGCAUCUUCAAAAUGUUUCUUCUGAACUCUUGUUUCCUUCCUGUGUUAACUUCAUGUCAUCACUUACUGCUAUGUAGUUCACUAAAUCCUAUCAUAUGUUCAAUAUUCUUGGCUACUCUAAGGCAAAUUAAGGCUUCCUAAAUUCAUAUAGUUUCUACCAUAGACCUGACAGUGGGUUAAAUAACAGCUCCAGGAUUAUUCAAUUCUUCUUAAAUAGCCAUGAUUUAAAUGACAAGGAAGGAUAUUAACUUCUGAGAAUAAUUAAACUUGCCCUUUCCCUCUUAAGUCAAUAAAAAUAUAUUUGAUGAAA